UUUUUCGACUUCAAGGGAAUAUUCCAGAAUACUAUUUAACAUUAAAGUGCUUUAUUAGAUACGUUCAGAACAUUCUCGCUACUAGCUUGGCAAGCGACAUCAAAGUGAAGUUUCUGUAACAGCAUUUCCGACGUUAACAUUGUUCUAACGCAAGAAUGGUGAAAGAAACAAAAUUUUAUGAUAUUUUAGGCGUGAAACCUGGCUGCUCGCAGGACGAUUUGAAGAAAGCCUACAGAAAGUUAGCCUUAAAAUACCACCCAGACAAAAAUCCAAAUGAAGGCGAGAGGUUCAAGCAAAUCUCCCAAGCCUACGAGGUCCUCUCGGAUCCGGAAAAAAAGAAAAUUUACGACCAAGGCGGCGAGCAGGCCCUGAAAGAAGGCGGCGUCAGCGGAGGCUUCUCCAGCCCCAUGGACUUGUUCGACAUGUUCUUCAGCGGAGGAUUCGGCGGACGAGGCAGAGGCCGAAGGGAAAGACGAGGCAAGGAUGUAGUUCACCAGCUCACCGUUACCUUGGAGGAAUUGUACAAGGGAGCAGUCAGGAAGUUGGCGUUGCAAAAGAACGUCAUUUGCGAUAAGUGCGAAGGGCGCGGUGGAAAAAAGGGAGCCGUGGAACAAUGCCCCACCUGCAGAGGAACGGGAAUGCAAAUACAAGUUCAACAACUUGGACCAGGUAUGCUUCAGCAAAUUCAGACUGUGUGCCCCGAUUGUCGAGGCCAGGGCGAGCGGAUCAACCCCAAGGACCGUUGCAAACAAUGCCAAGGAAAGAAAGUGGUUCGCGAUCGUAAAGUAUUAGAAGUGCACAUCGACAAGGGCAUGACUGAUGGGCAGAAGAUUAUCUUCAACGGCGAAGGGGAUCAGGAACCCGAUUUGGAGCCGGGCGAUAUUAUCAUCGUGCUUGACGAGAAAGAACAUUCCGUGUUUAGGAGAUAUAACGUUCACGAUUUGUUUAUGCGCAUGGAGAUUCAGCUAGUCGAAGCGUUGUGCGGAUUUCAGAAAUCUAUCAGGACUUUAGAUGAACGAGAACUUGUGAUAACUGCUCUUCCCGGAGAAGUGAUUAAACACGGAGAUUACAAAGCAAUCAUGAACGAAGGAAUGCCGCAGUACAAGAACCCCUUUGAAAAAGGCCGUCUUAUUGUCCAGUUUUGGGUCCAAUUUCCGAAGACUAUCGCUCCAGAAUUAAUUCCAGCUUUAGAAAACGCUCUUCCGCCUAGAGAAGAAUCGAUGAUACCUGACACUGCGGAGGAGGUUGUUUUGGUAGACUUUGAUCCGGAAAAUGAAGCUAGAAGGAGAUCUCAUAAGAAUGCCUAUGAUGAGGAUGAUGAGAUGCACGGACAAGGGCAGAGAGUUCAAUGUGCUACAAACUAGAUUUAUCACAUUUCUGAGAUACUUAUAAAUUAUACACACUUUAUUAUCAAACAAAAUUAGGUAAUUUAUUUUCAAUGCUAACGCAUCUAAUUGUGACUUAGGCAAUUUCUGUGUAUUAUAAAUUAGCAUUCUUAAAGAUUCUUUAUUUUGCUUUCUUAUAUCCAUAGAAUGAAUAGCGAAAGGAAAUCAUGUCCAGGAAUCCAAUGAUAAUUAUAUUGUAAAUUGCAGGUCUCAUUACGAAGGUGACGGCUAUGUUCUUUUAUGAAGUAACAUUUUGUUGAAAUCCCAUAAGUAAAUCGUGAUUAGUGUCAUGUACGUGUUAAUAAAAUGUGUUUAUACAAUCCACAAUUAUAAUUUAUCUCCGUAAUUUAAUUAGUAAAUUAAAGUUUAAUCACAUCAAUAA